UCUCUCUCUCUCCCUCUCUCUCUCUCUCCCCCUUUGGAGGAACGCGGCGAUGGCUCAGAAGAUGGACGUGUCGGCGCUGGAGGGUGAGGCUGGCGUGCUGGCGUUGCUGGAGCGAGUGGCGGGCAUCAUCGACAAUGUCCAGGCGUGCCAGACGCGCAUGGAGGAGAGGCAGCUGGAGCUUGAGGCCAGCGUCAAGACCAUCCAGGCGGACGUGGCCAAGCUGACCAAGGACCACGCGGCCACCAACGGCGUCGUGGAGAAGCUGCUGGAGAAGACGCGCAAGGUCAGCUGCCACAUCAAGGACGUGCGUGUGCGCGUGGAGAAACAGAACGAGCGCGUGAAGAAGGUGGAAGAGACGCAGGGAGAGCUACUCGUGAAGAACAAGUUCAGAGUGGUCAUCUACCAGGGUGAUAAUGAAGUGAAGGCCGUGGCCGCCCCAAAGCCCGUCCCUAAGGAGGCGUCUGCCGACGCCAAAGAGGAGGCAGUGGAGCCGCCCGCCCCAGACUCGGACGAGGAGUACAUGGUGGUGGAGGAGGGCGACUCGUCCGCUACCCGCAUGAAGAAGUCCGGCCUGAAGCGCAUCGAGAGCCUGAAGCACACCUUCUCCCGUGAGAACAUGAGCAAGACCAAGGAGAGCAUGGGCAGCAAGAUGGGCAAGCUGGGCGAGCGCAUCGUUACGGCCGAGCGCCGCGAGAAGAUCCGCCAGUCCGGCGAGCGCAUCAAGCAGUCCGGCGAGCGGCUCAAGGAGACCAUCACCAAGACCGUGCCGGCCAAGCUGAACCUGAAGAAGGAGCGGACAGUGGCCGAGGGUCAGGAGGGGGCCGAGGGCUCCACGGAGGGGGCAGUGCCCGCACCCAUCCCCCCCGCCAAGGGCCGCAAGGCCAACGACGUCGCCUACACCGAGGUGGCGCUCGAGAAGGAGGAGGCGGCCGAGGGCAAGGGGGAGGAGUCCGAAGUCCCCAUGUACGACAUGAAGCAGCUCUCCUAAAUAGGGAGGCGUGCCAGGGGCAGGAAAUACAUGUCCUGGACUGUUUGAUUGCCGAUGGAAGUUUGAUUUGGCGAACGGGAGUUUGGUUUGCUAGUGGUUCACGUUUGGAUCGGUCAACUACUCCAAAAGGGAAAAAAUAUGAAGAGAAGAAGGCAACUGAUUGGAAAAGAGAGAAUAAUGAUACCGAAUGGGCCAGUCGGAGUGCCACAGAGAUAUGUUGUACGAAGCAAAAUCGCUGUAAUAUUUAUUUGCUAGUAUUUCUCUGUUAGGGGUGGGCAGGGGUAUUAUGGGAGGAAUUACAAUAACAUUUAGCUGUUUUACUGAAGUUUUUGUCUUGUUUACACUAAAUAUAGACUCUGAGAUACAGACGACUAAGGAGUGCUGAGGAGAAAUAGAAUUGUUCCUACUGGUAUUGGGAGAGAGCUGGAACGUUCUGGACUUUGGGAAAAGAAGCACCAGAUGAGAACACCGAUUUGCAUGUGAAAUCACUGAUGAUGAUGAUGAUGAUGAUGAUGCAAGUUUGAAUGAACACUUUCUUUGAGGAUGGAAAGCUCACGUGUGUUUUGGGGUAAACGUGUGGUGAAGAACAAUAAAACAACCUUUUUAUGUAUAACGCAACUGUUAAUGGUAGAGUAUUUGAGACGUAUUCACUUCCAGUUCAGUCAAUCCGGUGGCUUCAGUUUCAUACUCCCUUCACGUCAUAGGAUACAAAUUUAAUAAUAAUAAAGAACUCCGUCAGCUGGUUUCUGAUGAGUACCCUAAAAAAGAUGAACUGAAUGGUGUUGAGGAAGUAUAUAUAAAACUGGCUAUAAAACCAGUUAUUUAGGCCAGCGUAUAGCUAGCAUUUAGCUCAUGGAGAUAGGUGGCAUAUUUGGCAGUAAGCUACACUAAACGUCUAAAAUGGUUGAUGAAAUGUGGGCAUGUAGAAGUAGAAAGGGCCCAUAUGUAUGACCUGAGAAUACUAAUCUAGAGCCUUUAGCUUGAUGCUAAACGCUGAGCAGCCCAUAGAAGUUCCACCAGCUUCGGCUACACUGAAAGAAUUCUUGAAUUUUCCCUUGAGGAUCAAUAAAGUAUCUACUGUAUCUAUCUAUCUAUCUAUCUAUCUAUCUAUCUAUCUAGAAAAUGUACUGUGACCAGGUGACCUUGCAUGCGUAGAUGUUUCUCUAAUGUAUAUAUUAUUUAAAGUUUACCUCUUGAAUGUCCAUUGUGUUCUGCAUGUGUAGUUGUUUGCCACACAGACAUAUAUAGAUAUAUUUAUGGCAUUUAAUUAGUUUAAUUAGUUGUGUUAUCUGAUAUUAUCCAGCCUUGAUUGCACUUGGUUUUGAAGUACAUGACUGCUAUAUUGAUGACUGCUGCUAGAAUAUUAAUGAAAUUGUUUUGCAACCUACGUAAGUAAACACCUACAUGUUCAGGAGGAGUAAUACAAUGCUUUUUUCCUAUUUAGGUAUCACAGAUAAAAUAGUAUUCAAUGACACACACACAUUUUCUACUGGGCUAACAGACAAUACAAAGUCAUUAGUCAUUCAAACAAUGAACAUUUUGUGAUACUUUUUGCAUUGUUUUUAUUCUCUGGUGAUAUAUUUGGAAAACAGCUAAUAAAAAUGCAAAACAUAA